AUACUCAAGGACGGCACAGGUGGAUACCGAAUUGCCUUUCUCUUCCUCGGAUUCAGUCAGAUGUUGGGAGCUACGAUGACAUUGCAAGCCAUCGUCUAUCGAAAGCCCAAUUGCUUCCGCAAGACCGAGGAAAAUUAUGCUUUCGCAAGGCUGUACCGUCAACGAAAAAGUCAAGAAGGCCUUCUUGCCAAUGUUGCUGAACCGUCAGGAAUCGAUACGGUGAAAUUCGAUAGUGAGGAAAAUGAAGAGAUAGAGAUUUUUCCCAAGAAACUAUUGAGAUUGCUGUCAACUGUUCAGUGUCAUUUGGAAACUCACAUUGAUUCUGAGUCUUAA